CUCUUCCUGGUGGCGGUGGUGGUUGUGCCGGUGGCUCCCUCCUUCAACGGUGACGGUGUUACUGCAAAUGGCAAAGUAAUCGAUACAUGGUCUUUGUUGCUCAUCUUGGUUUUUGAAAGCUCAAAGUUUUGAUUUUUACCUGUUUAAGUUGAAUAUUGAAUGAACGGAUUGAUGAACUUUUUGUAAGUUAAGAUGUCCAUCAAAAGCAUCGUGCGUGAGUUGAAAGAGAUGAAAGAUGGGAUCGGAAACAUAUCAAGGCGAGGACUUGAAGGGAAACAUUGGCGUGGCAGGGCAAGGUCACAUAUUGCACCAGAUGAAACACCAGCUGAAACUGAUCAGAUUGAGCAGGGUCAGUGGGCGAAUCUACCGCCAGAAUUGCUUUUGGAUAUCAUUAGGAGGGUAGAAGAGAGUGAAACCUCAUGGCCUGCUCGGGUAGUUGUUGUUCACUGUGCUUCAGUCUGUAGGUCAUGGAGAGAAAUUACCAAGGAGAUUGUAAAAACUCCUGAGCAAUGUGGGCGGCUGACAUUUCCCAUAUCAUUGAAGCAGCCGGGUCAUCGCGAGUCGCCCAUACAGUGCUUUAUUAAGAGGGAUACUGCAACUUCUACAUUUCUGUUGUACUAUGGUCUGGUGCCUUCUGAGGGUGAGAAUGAUAAGUUGCUUUUAGCGGCCAGAAAGAUCAGAAGGGCAACAUGCUCAGAUUUCAUAGUAUCUUUGGUUUCAGAUGAUUUUUCUCGGGCCAGCAACACAUAUGUUGGUAAAUUGAGGUCCAACUUUUUGGGAACCAAGUUCACUAUGUAUGAUUGUGAACCUACAUUUGAAGUGCCAACGCAAACACAACAUGCUAACCGGAUAAGUCGCAGAUUCCAUUCUAGGCAGGUGUCUCCAAGAUUACCUGCAUGUAACUAUAGUAUAGGCACUAUCACCUAUGAGCUCAAUGUUCUUCGCUCAAGAGGACCAAGGAGAAUGCAUUGCAUGAUGCACUCUAUUCCAAUGUCUUCCAUUGAGGAGGGGGGCACUGUCCCAACAGUAACUUCAUUAACAGAGACAUUUGGUGGCCAGUUUCCUCACCUGUCAACUUCAAAAGGGAAGGAAUCAGUCUCAGAUAUUAGUUCCCCAAGCCCCUCUCAAUCACCAGUACUAACCCAAGGUUCAGAAGAGCCCCUGGUUCUUAAAAACAAGGCCCCUAGAUGGCAUGAGCAGCUACAGUGCUGGUGCUUAAAUUUCAGAGGUCGUGUCACUGUUGCUUCUGUUAAGAACUUCCAACUUGUCGCUGCUGUUGAAUCAUUUCACAAUGUGUCUUCUGCAGAUCAAGAAAGGGUAAUUUUACAAUUUGGGAAAAUUGGAAAAGACAUCUUCACCAUGGAUUAUCGCUAUCCACUUUCAGCCUUCCAAGCUUUUGCAAUCUGCCUGAGCAGCUUUGAUACCAAACCAGCCUGUGAAUGACAGCUAUGGCGCUUGGAGAUAGUUACUGUGUAAUCUAAAAUGUUUCCCCAGAUUUGGAAGGGUAUCUUCACUACAUACCGAGCUCAUCAUGCAAGGCCAUCACAGCUGAUCUUCGUGGUGCAAUCAGUGCCUUUUUGUGAUCGUGGAAUUUGACUCGUUUCUUGUUAUAUCAUCCCAACACCAUGGAAGUAUGAGAAGUUCAGUGCAUUGUAUCUAAACAGCUCCGUAGUAUUCCCUUGAACAAUUGUGUAAUUGGCGAGAGCCUGCUUUUAAAUUCUAACUGUUAGAACCACUUGUUUAGCUGUUAAAAUUGCCAUCUAUUGUGAUCUUUAGGCUUAUGUGCCUGUUAUCA